AUGCCUUACAACUCAAAUCGGUUUGGCUCGCCUAUCAACAUUAGCAAACACUCAACCAAAGCAAUCCAGCCUGAGCUAGAAAUGCUACAGAAAAACCCAUCAUCAAUCACUUUGGAUCGGAAGGCUGCUACACACUAUCGACUGAUAGUGGGCAAAGUAUUGUACUUAAGCAACACCAUUAGACCCGACAUCUCAUACACGGUAUCUCAAUUGUCCAAGCACCUCAAGCAACCAACUAUCAACGAUCUUGCUGCUGCCAAACACCUCAUACGAUAUAUUGCUGGUACUACGCAUCACGGGAUCAUCUACAGCAAGACAAAGAAGAACGUUAUUGAGGGCUAUUGUGAUCUGUCUUGGACUGAUGACUAUGAAACAAGUACUUCGACUGGCGCUUACAUUUUCAAGUACGCCAACGGGGCUAUCACAUGGAAGAGUAAAAUCCAAUCAAACGUUUCGUUAUCUACCGCAGAGAGUGAGUAUUACAGCGCCGGUUCAGCGGCCAAGGAGCUUAUUUGGCUUGACGAGUUGUUUAACGAACUAGGCAUUCCGCUCAAAGAAAAGAUUCUUUACUGCGACAACCAAUCCACGAUAUGCAUGUCAGAAAGACAUGGCUUCCACAAUCGGACAAAACACAUUCGCCGACAAUGGCACUUUAUUCGCAGUCACGUUGGUAAAACAUUCAAGAUGGUCUACCUACCUACUGACAAGAUGAAAGCCGACUUCCUUACUAAAGGUCUCGCUCCUCUAUCACACCAAAACAUGCUUACGUUGAACAACAUAAUUGACAUGAGAAAAUCCAACGGUUAA